AUGCUAGAGUCUACCACCUUGUCCUUCUUCUCCCGGUUCGCUGAUGGCGCUCUAUCGGUGCCCGUCGCAGCCAGCUGGUUUGCUCUGAUCUGGUACACAGUCGUGCAACUAGUAUGCGCCUUGGGAUAUUUCCAGAUAUGGAAAUAUUUCUCGCGACAGCCACGCCGGUCCCGUCUAGCAAACGCCGCCGACGCACCGCACGUCACCGCCAUCCGACCAGUCAAAGGUCUCGAACCACACCUCUAUGACUGCCUCGCUGCUACCUUCCGCCAGGAAUAUCCGCGCGACAAGCUAACCAUUUGUCUCUGCGUGUCGACACGAGACGAUCCCGCCUACCCCACACUGUGCAGGCUCAUCGCCGACUUCCCGGAUGUCGACGCGCGCGUUUUCGUUGAAGAGGAAGAUCCGCUGUUGCAGCAAGAUGGAACGAGUACCUACGCGCUAGGCCCGAAUCCUAAGAUCCGAAAUAUGAGCCGUGCCUACCGCGAAGCGAAGGGUGACAUCAUUUGGAUCAUCGACUGUAAUGUCUGGGUUGGAAAGGGUGUUUGCAGCCGCAUGGUGGAUCGACUGUGCGGCACUGGAGCGACGCCGGGCAAGAAAUACAAGUUCGUGCAUCACCUGCCUGUGGCUGUGGAUGUGACGGGGGAAAGCAACUUGCUUGAAGAGCGCCAGGCGCUUUUGGAUAACGAUCCCCAGCCUUCGAAUGCAGAUGCAAAUAUUGCCGCGGCAGCCAUGUCCUCUGUUCGUCCGGAGGAUGGCCCGGCGGCUAUGAUUUCGACCGGAGGCGGUCGACUGGAAGAGCUGUUUCUGUCCUCUGCCCAUGCAAAGAUGUAUACGGCUAUCAAUACCGUUCUCGUUGCGCCUUGUAUUGUGGGUAAAUCUAACAUGUUCCGCCGAUCUCAUCUCGACUAUCUCACUGCUCCGUCGUGUUCAAAUCCCCAGGCAUACCAUGCCGGUAUCGACUUCUUCUCGGAAAACAUAUGCGAGGACCAUCUGAUCGGUGAUCUUCUCUGGAGGAAGAAGGUACGGGAAGAGAAAGAGCUUGGGGAACGUUGGGGCAAACAUGCCAUGGUCUUUGGCGACUUGGCUAUACAGCCUGUUGCAAACAUGAGUGUGCCGGCAUAUAUUGCACGCCGAGUCCGCUGGCUACGGGUCCGCAAGUUCACCGUUCUCCUCGCGACACUUGUCGAGCCUGGCACCGAGUCAUUUCUCUGCAGUAUCUACGGCGCUUGGGGCGUUACAGCAGCACUGGCACCGCAUCUUGAGCAGAAAGGUGUGCAGUGGGCAUCCAGCCUGGGAACUUGGAUGGCAUUUUUAGUUUGCUUCAUCUUGAGUAUGACUUCUUGGAUACUGGUUGACUGGACGCUGUACAUCAAGCUUCACUCCGCAAAGGCCAUUGAGAUGGAUGAAAGUACUCCGGCCUUCACGCGCCCCCAACGUUACCGAUCAUCCCAGACUACACGACGCUCCUUCAUGCAAUGGUUUGCCGCUUGGCUUGGUCGUGAAAUGCUGGCCCUCCCCAUUUGGAUCAUGGCUGUGUACGGCGGCGUGACAGUCGUAUGGCGAGACCGCCGCUUCAAGGUCGGCUUUGACGCAAGAGUCCGCGAGAUCGACCCUGCUCCGCCGAUGCUUUCGUCCAGUGCAGCCAACGCGGGUUCUGUCCCAGCCCAGCGUCCCAACAGCAAAGCGGGCAAAGUUCGAAGCGAUUGA